AUGGAGGCCCUGCUGUCGACGCAGCACGCCGCCGCGGCGUCGUCGCCGACGAUGACGAGGCCCCUCCCAGGGGCGGCGCCGGCGGGGAGGGUGGCGUUCGGCCGGGCGCGGCGCGCCGGCAGAGCGUCUAGGGACGCCCCUCGCGUCGCCACCGGCCUCGGCCGCCUCCUCGGCCAGGCCGCCGCCGCCGUCGCCGACAGCAAGCAGAGCACCCGCGAUCCAUGUCAGGCGGAGGACGCGUCGACGUUCCGGCUGUUCGUGGGCCUGCCGAUAGACUCGGUGGCGCCGGACGGGAGCUCGGUGAGCAGCGCCAAGGCGAAGGGGAUCGAGGCCGGGAUCCGGGCCGUGAAGCUGCUGGGCGCCGACGGCGUGGAGCUGCAGGUGUUCUGGUCCGUGGUGCAGCCGGAGUCGCCGGACCGGUUCUCGUGGGCCGGGUACCGGGCCGUGGCCGACAUGGCCGCCGCCGAGGGCCUCAGCCUCCGUGUCUCGCUCCGCAUCCAUGGCACCCCCGGCGGCAACGUUCCGAUUCUCCCCGGCUGGGUCACUGCCGCCGCGGCGUCCGACCCGGACAUCCUCUUCACCGACCGCAGCGGCAGCCGCCAUGAGGACUGUGUGUCCUUUGCCGUCGAUGAGCUGCCUGUGCUUGCCGGCCGCUCCCCGCUCAGCCGAUACGAGGCCUUCUUCCGCUCCUUCACCGAUGCCUUCCACGACCUCUUCGAAUCCACCAUCACCGACGUGACGGUGGGGCUGGGGCCGAACGGGGAGCUGCGGUACCCGUCGUACCCACCAGGGAGCAGCGCGGCGACCUUCACCGGCGUCGGCGAGUUCCAAUGCUACGACAAGUACAUGCUGGCCCAGCUCAAGCAGCACGCCGAGGAGUCCGGUCACCCGCUCUGGGGUCUCUCCGGCCCGCACGACACGCCGGGGUACAACGAGUCGCCGGACUCCAAGGACUUCUUCCGGGACCACGGCGGGUCGUGGGAGAGCCCUUACGGGGACUUCUUCCUCUCCUGGUACGCCGGCAACCUGGUGAACCACGGAGACCGGGUCCUCGGCAUGGCGAGCGCCGUCUUCGGUGACAAGCCCGUGGAGCUCUCGGCGAAGGUCCCCUUCAUGCACUGGUGGCACGGCGCCAAGUCCCGGCCCGCGGAGGCCGUGGCGGGGUUCUACAAGAGCAACAAGAAGAACGGCUACAGCCCCGUGGCCAAGAUGUUCGCCAGGCACGGCGUCACCAUGGUGGUGCCGGGCAUGGACGUGUGCAUGAACAAGCAGCACCGGAGCACGGGGUCGAGCCCGGACCAGCUGCUGGUGCAGAUCAAGAACGCGUGCCGGCGGCACGGGGCCCGCAUCGCCGGCGAGAACGCCUCGCUGGUCAUGACGCACACCAGCAGCUUCUCCAGGAUCAGGAGCAACAUCCUGACCACGGAACGCGUCCGGCCGUCGCACUUCACCUACCAGCGGAUGGGCGCCGACUUCUUCUCCCCGAAACACUGGCCUGCCUUCACCGAGUUCGUCCGCAGCGUCGUCUGCGGCGAGUGGGACGAGGACGACGCCGACGCCGACAUGGCUGCCGCCAAUGCCGCCGGGCGGCGUGACAACGCCUGGGAGACGCAGCUGGUCUGAAUGGGGUCGAUCGACGCCUCAUCCUUUGGUUUGCCGGCCUUGAUCGCCAUGUGAUACUACUACUAUGUCUCAGUUUGUCUCCUUGUUUGGAGGACUAGCUAGUCCACUACUGCUAGCUGUAGUAGUGUUCAGUUAGCUGAGCUGAGAUGUGAGAUGAUCCAAAUAUUAGUGGAUCAGAGUUCAUCAAGUGUAUAUAUGGAUUGCAUAUUUUUCAUCAUCAUCUGAUGAUGUACUUGGGAGGGGAUGUAUAUAUGAAUAUACGAUUGUAUUGUCUCGAGAUGAGACCAUUUAUCAAUGCAAAUGCAAUUUCGUCAA